UGCGGAAAACUUACGUAGGCAUCAGAGAACAACUCGUCCUCUAAAUGAUGGAAAUGUCAAAGUUAGCGUUGCAAACAUCAUGGUCAAGUAUCCAUCCAUCAUGAUGAGAAACACAUACUGCUAAGAAUAUCACGGUACAACAACAUGGUGAGGAAGUAGAAUAAGAUGGAUGGAUGCCACGCACUUCUGAUUUACACAGGGUAUAUGGGACGGCCAGGCCUAACUGCGACCAAUGAAAAUGCUCCUUCGACACAUGUUUUAUUUUAUUCUCCGCGCUAGCGGCUGUCUUUCCAUCAGCAUCGGUCGUUCGCACUGUGUGAGUCUCACCACUGGCUCAAAUUUUCUAUCAGUGUCAUCACUUUUUACUUUUUUUAUUUUAAUAAAUCAUCUUGUUUAAGCCAAGCCAAAAAUAAAGAAAGCUAGGAAAUGGUGCUAUGCCAGCAAAAAAGAAGAAUGAUGCUUGAAUUGAAUUUUUUGAUUUGCUAUUUUUGCAUGGAUUGGUUAGCGCCUAACAAGCGUCGUAUGAUUACAGAGAAGUGAUCGGAAUAGGUGUGCUUUGCAGUAAUGAGAAACAUGAUAUAAGGAAGCUAUUUACAGUGAAUUACAAGGGUUA